AUGGAAAGGAAAGGAGAAGUGGAGAUCUGCGCCCGGGCCUACGUCAAGAUGUGUCUCCACGCUGCCCGCUACCCCCACACAGCCGUGAACGGGCUGCUCUUGGCACAAAAGCGCCAGGCGACGGUGGCCGGGCAGCCGGACUGCCUCUGCAUUACGGACUGCAUCCCCCUCUUCCACAGCAACCUGUCUCUCACCGUGAUGCUGGAGGUGGCGCUGAACCAGAUAGAUCUCUGGAGCGCAGAGUCGGAUUUGCUCCUUGCUGGCUAUUACCAGGCCAACUCUGGGAUUGACGACAAGAGCCCUUCCCCUCUCGCGCAAAAGACCGCCGGACGGAUAGCAGAAUUGUAUGAUGAUGCGGUGCUAAUAAUGCUGGAUAACCUCAAGUUUACAGACAAUCCCCGGGUGCCUCCGAUAAUCAUGCUGGAACAGAAAGAUCGUCAGUGGGUCCCAAAAGACAAAAACCUGAUCAUGUGGCGUGACUGGGAAUCUUCUCGCCACAUCUGCAAGUCCCUCCUAGAAGCCAAAGCUUACACCCAAUUGGUCGACUUUGAUGUCCACCUGGAUGACAUCAGAGAGGACUGGACCAAUCAGCAGCUCAACACAGAAAUCGCCCAGCUGGUGUCAGUGGCCAAUGGCAGUGCCUGAGGGACUGUGAUUGGUCAGUAGUAGCC